AUGGCGGAUGUGGUGGGUGGGUGACUUUCCAGUUUCCACACACCAUUAUUAUCUCUUCCUGCUCUUUUAUCAGCCACAUGCUCUCACUACAAAUCAAAAGAUAAAAGCUUUGACCAAUUCCCCUGCAGUUAAAGUUACUGAACCCUUUUCCCCCAUUUGGGCAAUUUGGUUUGUCUCUGUUCGGAAAGCACAGAGCCGAUCGUUCCAUUGACAUCCUGAUAAAAAAAAAAAAAAAAAAUUUGAUGUCGUUGACACAUUUCUAGGUUUUGGGUUGGUUUUCUUGACGACGAUGUUCAGUUCUUAAAAGGGGAAUUUGCCAAAUUCCUUUUGCCACAAAUUAGAAGAUGGAUCCGAAUCCGGCGACCAGCGUACCGGAGGUGAUACUGAGCUCCAGCGGCCGGAGGAUGCCGUUGCUCGGAAUGGGUACAGCGACUUCUCCUCUGGUCGGGUCCGGCGCCACCAAGUCCGCCGUCGUCCAAGCCAUCGAGUUGGGUUACCGCCAUUUCGACACAGCUACUCUGUACCAGACGGAGGAGUCUCUCGGGGAAGCCAUCGCCGAAGCUCUGUCUCGUGGGUUAAUCGAAUCCCGCGACGAGCUCUUCGUUACAUCCAAGCUUUGGUGCAGCGACGCCCAUCCCGAUCUCGUUCUCCCCGCCCUCCAAAAAAGCCUCCACCAUCUUCAACUGGAGUAUCUGGAUCUGUAUCUGAUUCACUGGCCGGUGAGCUCGCGCCCGGGAACGUACGAGUUCCCAAUCUUGAAGGAAGAUUUCAUGGCGAUGGAUUACGCAGGUGUGUGGGGUGCAAUGGAGGAGUGUCAAAAGAUGGGUCUGACCAAGAACAUUGGAGUCAGCAAUUUCACCUGUAAAAAGCUCACGGAUCUGCUUGCCCUUGCCAACAUUCCACCCGCUGUGAAUCAAGUAGAGAUAAACCCACUAUGGCAACAGAAGAAGCUGAGGGAUUUCUGCAAGUCGAAUGGGAUCAUCCUGAGCGCGUAUGCUCCAUUGGGAGCCAAAGGAACCGUUUGGGGGAGCAACAGGGUCCUCGAAAAUGAAGUCCUAGGAGAAAUUGCCCGUGCCAAAGGGAAAACUGUUGCUCAGGUUUGCUUGAGAUGGGCAUACGAGCAGGAGGUUUGCGUUGUGGUGAAGAGCUUCAACCAGGAGAGGAUGAAGGAGAAUCUCGACAUCUUCAGUUGGGCGUUUAGUGAAGAAGAGAACAAGAAGCUGAGUGAGAUCCCCCAAAGCAGAGGAUGCCAGGGACAGGAUUACAUCUCAGACCAAGGCCCUUUCAAGACUAUUGAGGAGCUUUGGGAUGGAGAAAUCUGAAUCUGGAGUUGAAUUAGUAGUAACAUUAUAUAUGUAAUGUAGCCUCUUUUGAUGUAAGAUACUUCCCAAUAGUUCCAUUCAUGGAACUCUGCUCCAGUUGUAACAGGAAAAGUAGCAUGGAAGGAAACUAAACCUGGCUUUUGUCUUUAAAUGGAAAAGAAUUUGUCUUUUUCUUUUUUACAAAGGUAAAUCUUGUAUUGCACUAGAUCGGUUACAAAGA